GAAACACAAAACAAAUUUUUUGAUUUCUAAGCAUUCAUCUUAGCAAAAUGCGCACUUGUCCUGGGUUAUAUUUUGAUAUUGGGAAAAAGGCCAGAGAUGUUCUUCACAAGGACUAUGCUCAACAAUCACCAGUUCACUUUCACUACCAACUCAUGGACUGGAAUUUAGACCUCUCUUGUCAAGUAGAAGAAAUUGUACCUGGAUUUAGGAGCCUUUUCAAUUGUACCAUACCUGAUUCCGGGAAGGUGGAACUACAGUACUUGAAUAACUACACUGGGAUCACUGGAUGCAUUGGAUUAUUAGGAAACCCAGAAAGAGGAGGAUAUGACCCAGUUGCAAACUUCUCGGGCCUCAUAGGAACAAGCAUUCUGUCCCUGGGAGCCAAUGUUGCUUUUGACAUAUCCUCAAGGACAAUCAGCAAACUGAAUGCUGGUUUAAGCUUCAAUAGUGCCUUCCUUAUUGCUUCCUUGACCUUGCAUGAUAGGUUUGACACUCUGAAAGCCUCAUGUUAUCAUGAAGUGAACCCCCUAACCAAGACUGCCAUUGCAGCAGAGGUGAAGCAUAGCUUGUCAAUGAAGGAGACUGGUGUCACCAUUGGUGCUCAACAUGCAUUUUUUCCGCAAACGGUUGUAAAGGCUCGACUUGACACCUCUGGCAAGGUUGGUGCUCUUAUUCAACAAGGGUUCUGGCAGAGAUUUUUUGUAACUAUGGCUGGAGAAAUGGAUUUUGGGACAAAUGAGCUUCCCAAGGUUGGAGUCUCCAUGGCUUUAAGAUAAGAUUUCAUCUCCAAUUGAGAGGGUGUUGGAUGUAUGGAGACUUUCAAGAGGUGAUGCAAACAGGAUGAAACUUUCAUUUUUCUGUCAUCGAUUCUCUUCAAUAUUCAAGAACCAUAUGAGUACCAUGUCUAGUUCUAGUC